UCUAGCCGAGGGUUCACGCAGCGCGACCCUGUGAAGUUAGGGAAUCGAGGAACAAAUUGAGUGUGGUUAGGUCCAGAGUGUAUUUCUCGCGUUGCUCGAGCCGCUGGUGGCCAACAGAUCAGCCCUGCCAAUGAUCAUGGUCGUAUGCUGUUGUGGCGUGAGUAGAAUGAAAGGAACCCAACAGUUAUGGAAUUAAUUUUCAAUUAGUAGCGAACGGGUCAUAGGAUCGAUCGUACGUACACAGUGUCAGAAGCCGUCAAAGCUAUUGGUCACUGUCUAAUUUAUGUGAAAUGUGCUAACUGUGAUCAGACUCUGAGGAAGGAUUAAACAUAUGUGUAUAGUGAGUGUAAAGAGAAAAGUCUACAAGCAAAAAUGUGAUUAUGGCGUUUGCGGAUUGAUAGAGCAAUUGAUAAUAGUGAGCUAGCCGGAUUAUUUGCGAUAUUUACUAGAGAGAAGAAAACUAAGCAAAAAACCUAGAGAAUCGCGGGGAUUGACAUUGAGCCAACACUAAUCGAAAGUGACUUCAUUAAAUGGAAAAGCAAGUCGCCAAAGUCGCUGGAAUAAAGAGUAAUAUCCACAGUCUCAGAUAUGCCAUCGGCUGCUUCGUUUGAGAGCGGCGGAAUAUACGGCUCUCCUGAGUUCGAGUAGAACGAGACGCGGGCGGGAGGCCAGGGUGGGGCGUUAUGGGGCUCUGGCCACUGCCAUUGACGGCUGUGGCUGCCCCGGGGCUUCCGCCUGCCCUGUGGGUUACUGCGCUCUGGUUAACGACGGCCUGCGCUGUUCCCAUGGAGCGGCUUGCGUCCUUCUCUCUCCAUCACGACUAUCGGCCAACUGUAGCAGCUCAUAACGGCGAGAGUUCGGGCAUACUGGGCAUGUUUACCGUACAUCAGCAGUCGGUGAACAUCUCACAUGUGGUUGUCGAACGUCACACCGGCCGAGUUUAUGUUGGCGGUGUCAACUGGUUGUACCAGUUGAACGCUAGCUUAUUCGUCGAAGCAUCGGCUCAAACCGGUCCGGUCCACGACAGUCGAUCGUGUUCAGCUGCCGAGACCGAAUGCCAGGCCGCAGACGCCCGUCUUACGAAUAACUUCAACAAGGUCCUACUCAUCGAUCAUAGCGCGCACAAGCUCAUCGCGUGCGGGAGUGUUCGCCAGGGAUCAUGUCGACGUCAUGAUCUCGCCGAUAUCACCCAUCAAGAGCCGCUUGUAGAAACUCCGGUGGCGGCGAAUGAUCAAAACUCGUCGACAGUUGCAUUCAUUGGGCCAUCGAAAUAUGAUCCAAACGGAUUACCAGUGGAUGUUCUGUACGUGGCGGCAACGAAUACGAAAAGUGGCCCGUAUCGGGAUAUGGUGCCAGCUAUUGCAUCCCGAACACUCCGAUCGGAACAGGGCCGUGUAGGCGGAGCCAUUGAUGGAGUGUCCGACCUAGAUGGCCUGUUCACGGUUGUCGAGAGUUCAUUUUCCGAAACCGCUCGCGUCGAUAUCUCGUCAAAUCUACGCGAUGCAUUCCUUGUGCAUUACGUGUUCGGCUUCCACCACCGCGAUUUCGCCCAUUUCGCACUGAUACAACGGCGAAGCUACCUCGUCGCACAUCAUGAAUGGGGUUAUGAAUCCAGAUUGGCUCGAGUUUGCGUUUCUGACCCAGCAUACAACACCUAUGUUGAAGUUAGCCUACAAUGCGUUACCCCUGAGGGUACCAAUUAUAACCUGCUUACGGAUGCUACGCUUGUCGAUGCCGGUGUUACGUUACUCAGCGAGUACAAGCUUUCAACACAUAGGGAUUCCACGUUGUUUAUCGGCGCGUUCGUUCAGUCUGAAGGGCCUCAUUUCAAGGAGUCCCGUCGUUCAGCCGUAUGCAUCUUUCCUAUGGUCGAGAUCGAGCGUCGAUUCCAACAGAAUAUUCACAGAUGUUACAAUGGAUCGACACUCACAAGAAAUAUGCAUUAUAUUGCGGGCAGUGUCAAUGAGUGUCCAGAGCUGGGUGGCUCAGGAAAUGUUGUAAACUUUUGCAAAGAGACUGUCAAACUUAACGGAUCCAUUCCAAUUGUUGCCCGACCUGUUGCAACUUUCAGUGAUGAAACAUUGACAGGCGUUGGGGCAUCGUUAGUGGAAAAGCAGAACGUGAUAUUCGUAGGUACAGCGUCUGGCCGCCUACAUGCCCUCCUUGUGGAGGAAAAACAUUACUCGCGAACGUUCCAUUCUGUUCUCCUCGAGCGAGGUGUUCGUAUUCUGCCACAGAUCUUUGUACAUGACACGGCCACCACUGAGAAAUAUCUCAUUGUUGCAUCGUUAUAUAAGGUGUUCAAGCUAGCCCUUUCCGACUGUGCCAAGCAUACAACGUGUGGAGACUGCAUGGAAGCCAAGAACCCAUAUUGUGGGUGGUGCGCGCUAGAAAAUAAGUGUAAUUCACGUUGGGAAUGCGGUGCUAUAACUGGAACCUCUCAAUGGCUAAGUUCAGGAACAGAUCGGUGUCCUUACUUUGAGGCCAUUAUACCCCCACACAUCCCCAUACAACAGAAUCAAGUUACGUUAGAGCUGUUGGUGAGCGCUCUACCGCCGUUACCUUUCAAGACCCAUUACGUAUGCGUUUUCGGAGGGAGAUCGAAGGUUCAAGCGCACACUACACACAGCGGACUUGCGUGCACCAUUCCGGAGCCACCUUUAAGACCUCAAAUACCAGCAGGAAAAGAUCAUGUAAUGCUGACCGUGUCGGUACGAACGCUUGAAAGUGAAGCAGAUUUAGUUUCUAGAAACCUUACAUUAUUCCACUGCCAUACGCAUCGCACUUGUAAGAGUUGUGUGAUGUCUCAAUGGUCCUGCAGUUGGUGCUUGGUUGAAAACAGCUGCACGUCGAACACGUCGACGUGCUCACAGAGAAAAAUUAUCGGCGAAGCCAGCUCUGAGGUAUCACUCAUCAAGGGCCGGCAGCACUGCCCCUCUUUCCACUUAGAGGACAGACUAUUGAUUCCCCACGAAGCUAAACAAGAACUCGCCAUCCAGGUUAAGAACCUUCUUGCACCUGUAACGGAGAGUUUCCAAUGCGUCAUUGAGUUGGAGAACAGACGUUUGCAAGUGUUAGCACGCAAACGGGGCGACUUUAUCGUUUGUUCGGAAAGCAGUCUCUCAUAUGAAGCUGAUGAACCCGAAGUAGAAGCGCAGCUCACCGUCCUUUGGAACGGUGACAUAUUCGUCGACCAGACAAAUCUAACUGUAUACAAGUGCGGCUUAUUGGGUUCCCAUAGUCGCCGUGCGGAUUGUUCCUUAUGCCUUACUCGCGAUGCGCGAUAUCAAUGCUCGUGGUGUGGGAGUCAAUGCAUGUUUGGACCAUCCUGCUCGCAGCCGGUGACCACUUCAUGUCCGCCACCACGUAUCGAUUGGAUCCAUCCGUUGUCCGGCCCCGUCGAAGGUGGGACGCUAGUGACGAUUGAGGGCUCCAACCUUGGCACAUCACAAGCCGAAGUCGAGGAUAAGAUCCGUAUUGGUCAGUUACCGUGCGUACCUCGUGAAUAUAGUGUCAGCGUUCGAGUUGUGUGUGAAACGCAACCAAAUCCGCAUGGCCCACAAGAGGCGUUCAUCUACGUUGGCAAUAGUCAAGGUCUCAGGAAAGCACAGGAAAAGUUCCAUUAUAAGGAGAUUGAACUUACUGGCGUUUACCCCCGCGUAGGUCCCCAGUCUGGUGGUACUCGAAUUUAUCUCAACGGGACGAAUUUGAACGUCGGAAGUAACGUCAGCGUUAUGCUGGAUGACAUCCCCUGCAUCGUCGAAAGGUCGUUGGCCAGCAGCGGGCAACUGUCCUGCCGGACAUCGCGAGCCCCGCUAUACAACUACAAGGUUGAACAACUCAUACUACAGGUUGAUGGAGCUCGUUUAAUUCUACCGCAUCCGUUCGUAUUCGUCGAAGAUCCAAACAUUUUGGAUAUUAGACCUCUGAGGAGCUAUCAGAGCGGAGGCCGCGAGAUUCUCGUACGUGGAGAGUUUCUCGACUCCGUCCAGCAACCACGAAUGGCUGUAUUUGAUCCAGGUGAUAACGAUAACAAGCCACUUAACGAAACGACUUGUUCGGUCGUCAACUCUACUCUGAUGAUUUGUCCAUCGCCAUUCGUAUUAGGAGUACACAAAACAGCCGGCCAUCAAAGUGACCAAAGCUCCCAAAGUCAAGCGAGUAUGGAUCGACACACAAAAGCAAAUCUCGAGGAAGGUGAGCAGAUGAAGCUCGGCUUCAUCAUGGACCGCGUGGUACAACUAAAACAGCUCGAUGUGUUCUUUCCUAUGGUUGACUCAAUGAUAACAUACCUCCGAGAUCCUGUCCUCUUCACCUUCGGUGAGGCUGGAGCGGUUAAGGCAUACAAAGGGGAUACGCUCGUCAUUGAAGGAGAUCACUUGUUGGGCGCCAGCGAACAGAACGAGGUUCGAGUGUACAUCGGCACUAGCCCAUGCAAUGUUACCUCAUUGACAUCCUCGCAAAUUGUGUGCCUGCCUCCCGCGGAUUCCCCGGCGGCAACCGACCAGCUGGGAAGACGAACCGCACUGCCAAAGGUCACCGUGCAAAUUGGAUCAAACCUUCUUUAUAGUAUUGGCUAUCUUCGAUACGAGAUGUCGAAACUGUACAAUCUGCCUCCGGAAAUCAUGGGUAUGGCAGCUACUGGCGGAGCUAUUCUAAUCCUUGUCAGCGUUCUGGUUUUGGCGCUGCUACGGCAUAAGAACUCGCAGGCCGAACGCGAGUACAAACGCAUCCAACUUCAAAUGGCCACGCUCGAAAAUUCGGUUCGUUCCGAAUGCAAGCAAGCCUUUGCGGAGCUGCAAACUGACCUAAAGCUCGAGCAAGAUACCACAGACAAUGAGCUCGGAAAAGGAUUCGGUGGAAGCUUAUCUCCUCCUGUCUUAUCUCACACCAAAUACCUUGAAAACAUCUUCUUCCCUGGGGUACCCAAUACCAACGUCUUUCACAUAAUUAAGCCGUUAAACAACGCUGGCUGUUCGAACCACUACGAAGUCGCUAUGGCUAAUUUUGAGCUUUUGGUCAAUAACAAAACAUUUCUGCUAACAUUCAUUGAUACCUUGGAGCGGCAAAACACCUUCUCUAUUCGGGACAAAGUGAAUGUAGCAUCUCUUCUAAUGGUGAUCUUGCUCGACAAAAUGGACUAUGCCACAGAGAUUCUGAGAGACCUGCUCGUGAAGCUCAUUGAUAAAUACGCAGAGACGAAACAUCCUCAGCUGAUGCUUCGCCGGACCGAGUCGGUGGUUGAGAAAAUGCUAUCAAACUGGCUCUCGGUUUGCAUGUACGAACGAAUUGCGGCUUCGCAAGCAAGGCCAAUGUUCCUUUUAUUGCGUGCAUUAAAGCAGCAGUUAGAAAAGGGGCCUGUAGAUGCUGUCACCCAUGACGCACGCUACUCGCUAGCCGAAGAGAGGCUUCUUCGUGAACAGAUUAACUAUAGCGCUGUUGUCUUGCAUGUUCGACUCGAUAAAAUCCUCGACCUUAAUAGCAAACAAGACGAUCCGGACGACAGGAAGAGUCUCGUUGUACGAGUGAACGACUGCGAUACGAUAUCACAAACCAAACGGAAAAUACUCGACGUGCUGUUUGUCAAUGUGCCUUUCUCGCAGCGACCCACCGUAAAUUCAGUUGAACUGGAGUGGCACCACGGUCAAGGCCCAAUGCCCAUGCUUCUGUCCGACAUAGACGCCACCUCCGUAGUACAGGACGGCCUGAGGAGGCUAAAUACGCUUAUUCACUAUGGAGUCGCGGACAGCGCUGUUGUGACGCUAAUCCAUCGAAACGCCAACUACGAGACGUUGAGCCGGUUAAAUAAACAACAAACAGAUCAGAGUGCUUGUUGGCACCUCGUACCGCCGGCGUACGUAAAUGAUGGGCACCUCGCCGAGCUACGACACAAGAAUAUCGCUGAAAUCUACCUUACGCGCCUCCUUUCUACCAAGGGUACGAUACAGAGCUUCAUCGAUGACUUCUUCGCGUCCAUCCUGACGGCGACCGAUGAACUGCCACUUGCCGUGAAGUGGCUAUUUGACCUGUUUGAUGAGAGUGCUUGCCAGCACGUCGUGCAAAAUUCUGAGGAGGUGGCACAGGCUUGGAAGAGCAAUUCUCUGCCGCUUCGGUUUUGGGUCAAUAUGUUGAAAAACCCAGACUUCGUGUUCGAUAUAGAAAAGAGCUCCCAGCUGGAUGCGUCACUCUCCGUCAUAGCCCAGUCAUUCAUGGACGCCUGUGCUCAGUCAGAACAGCAGCUUAGUAAAAACUCACCUUCAUCGAAACUGUUAUUCGCUAAAGACAUCCCGCAAUAUCGAAAGCUCAUCGAUAAUUUCUAUCGAGACAUCGCAAGUAUGCCACCGGUGCCAGACCACCAGCUCGCAUUGUACAUGAGGCAACUUUCUGUGCAAUAUGCCGGCCAAGUGGAUACGACCAACGCCUUGAAGGAUCUCUACAUUUAUGCUGCCAAGUAUAACAGUCAAAUAUUGGCUGCGCUUGAGGAUCGCGAAGGCGGAACAUUGGGUGACUAUCCGCCGUCGGGCAACAGCCUUGUGAAUCGAUUACGGGUCAUCGAAGCCAGUUACCGAGCCGGCACCUUAAAACGUUUCACUUAGAGUUUCUUUACGAUUCAUCGCGGUCUCUCUGUGAGAAAGUCCGAACGGACACAGAUAAACAAUGAAACAAACAUGAAAAAACAAAACUAAGGGCCUGUCUAGUCAUUAAUCUGUAUGGACAGCCGUUUACAUAUUCUUCUGUAUUGUCUUUUUGAGAGAAGCCAUAUAAAAAGCAGAGAAGCAUAGAUGGUCGGACGUACCGUCAAGUGCAUACACGUACACGGCUGUGAAGCGGUCAAUCGUUGGAGUUGUGCAGAACUCGAUUAGAAACCUAACAAUGUCAAAAGGAUGAUUACAUAAACGAUAAGCAACAAGUAUAUAUGUAUGCAUGUCAUGACAACAGAUACAGUGCCGUGUAGUGUUGCCGGAUGUAGGAACGUGUCCUUGCUUUAAGAACACUCAGGUAAUGUGAGACAAAGCGAAAGAGAAUUUCUACCCCGUAGGUUCUGCAGACCUCAAAUUCCCGGUGCAGAUUGAGGAAUAAGAACCGGAAGAUUCGCAACCUAGCAGGGUUAAACAAAAAUAUGACGAUGAACCCAAUGAUGAUGAGGAAUUUGUAAGAAGUCGUGGCCUUCAAUUACAUUUAGCAUCCUAUAGUGACAGGAAUGGGAAAAAAAAACAGGAGGGUGACGUACCGAAUGAAAUGGGUGAUCAUUCCUUGCAAUGUGUGCCCUAUGACCUAGUAGCACCCCUAAUGUGUUUCUUAACUACCGAAGACGCGUUGAGCUUUAUAUAAGACACACGCAGGCUCUAAGUUUGAUGGUAGCGGAACAUUAAGGACGUUCAGUUUCAUAAUAGGUGAAGAAUCGAACGCAGGUAAGGAGUGAGCGAUUCGAAGAUCCGUUGCAUUACUUUGACCAUGAUGAAAGGCAAGGACUUUCUUAGAGACGCUGCAGUACUAUACAAACGUCUCGUUCUAUUUAUUUGUAGUAGAAUUGGUAAUGCAAAGCUCAAUUAGCCUUGGCACCUUUUUGAACAACUGUAAAUCUGUGGUGGGAAACUACGAAUAUGAUUUGGCUCGUGCCGUACAACUAUAAAAAGGAGCGUACUAUAUUUACCUUUGUACAGUUAUUAGAAAGUCAUCACGAGAAUGGAGAAGUUCUGAUGUUAGUAAACUAUAAUGUAACAAAAUUGUCUCAUUUAAAUCACUGCGAGCAAUGAUAGUUUGCUGCUAAGUCAAUGUUCGCAGAGAAUCUUGAGAGUUAUUUGGUACUACCGACAUAACGAUUACAGGCAGUCGCUAAAUACCGCUGUCAUCGAAGUCUACCUCUUCGCUACUCGUUUUUCUAGGCAUUAGUUAACCUGUUUUACGUCUUUCCGACAAUGCCUUGACCUGAAUACGAUCCAACUCAUGGAGUAGAUGUUUUGUCGGAUAUUGUAGGCCACAUAGUGAAGUCUAAAAAAGCGAGAGAUGAUGAAACGUCCAAUGUAGGUUCAAUGUAUAUUUGUCCGAAUCUGUGCUGACCUGUGUGACCGGGUGCUGAGAACGACAGCGGCAUAAGGUGUUAUUACUACAACCAGUAUUGAUAAUAAUAAUAAUAAUAAUAAUAAAAAUAUUAUUCAUCUAAGCAGGGUAAUGAAGUUAAAAUUUCCGAUAUAAACAACAAGUUUAUGUGACAAUGAGACCCCUAGGCCUAACGAUAUGCUAGUUGCUUAGAUUAUUUGGCCGUCAUAAUGCAUAUUCGGCAUUUUAUUGUUGCACUUCCUGGUAGCCUGAGUCCGUUUAUACGAACUUAACGAACGACAACAUGAACAGAAGUCCUGUUCAGUCCUGAUGGUCAACCAAUGCCAGGAUGAUUAGCUUUUAUAAGCAUCGAUAAUAAACGUUAGGAACGUUCAUUCAUAGCAGAUUCAGAAAUUUCAUCGUCCAUAUCUAAAACGCGUAUGGAUUACCGUUUGCCCUGAUGAAGCAUAAAGAUUCGAAGGAUUGCUUGAAUCACACAUCUUGGAAACAUGCUUAAACAAUCAACUGGUCCUAACGGUUAUUUUAUGCAUUAGAUUCCCCUACGCGUCUAAGCUUUCACACUGCCCAUAAUAUCAAUGUAACAAUAAGUGCAAUAUUCUGGUGUGAUCCGUGUUUUGGCUUAUCGCGUUUAUGUCUCGUGUUAUUUAUAAACCCAUGCGAAGGUCUACUCAAGAGGUAUCGGCACAGCUGGAGCUGUAGUGGACACUGCAGACAUGAUACGAUACAUCCAAUUGUGCAGGCUACUACCCAAGCACACAUUAUGUACAGAGAACUUAACAGAUCACUGUAGAGCUAUGAAUGAAACAGAUGAAAUUUAAUAUACCAAACAAAAAAUACCACUAUAUAUAGAAAGAAUAUAGAAUUCUAUGUACUCCAGUGGGAAAACGUGGCAGUGUGUCCAAUGGGAGAAAAAAGUACUAGGGAGAAGCGAACAUGAGAAAUUAGCUGAGCUCGUGCAUCUGAGUCAGUUCAUAGAGCAAUGUUUAUAGAGGUUUGCACGAGGGGCAAAUCUAUUAGACGCGGUUAUUAGAUAACGGGGAAAAAAUCAAUAAGCUGAGAAAUCUAGCAAUGCAGAGCUAAUGCAAAUGAGAAUUCAGGCAGGUGGGUGGAUGGAAUAAGAAAACUAAACCACUCAGCGUUUGUAUUUUAUUUUAUAAAAUUCUAAACUCAUUCAAAUGAAACAUAUGUAAGCAACAGUAUAUGCUAACGGUGAUGUUUAUAAGAGACAAGAAAUAAAGUUGAAAUAAAC